AUGAAAACGCCAACAGCACUCUGGGCCAUUGCCCUAAUCGGUCUGAGUUCAUUGCUGACAACAGUUGCUGCGGGUCGCCUGACGUUGCGUCCGCUGUCGCCGCAGGAGUUGCGUCGCGCCUUGACUGAGGCGGGCCUCCCGGACGCUGAGCUGGCGCCCAUGGGCCGUGCCACGCCCUCAGCUUUUGCAGGUCUCGGCGGCUAUGCCUUGGGCCUGGCCAACGGCCUGGGCGGCGCCCUGAUUUUCGAUCUGCUGACCUCCAACGAGACAGCGGCCUAUGUGACCAAUCUGAUCAACUCCCUAAACACCACAACAACGAAUACUGGCAGCGGCAACGGGGGAACCACGCAGGAAGUCUGCUUCGCCAGUCGCAGCCUGGACGGAGACCAGCAGCAGCUGGGGCGAAGCUCCGAUCAAUACGAGGAUAUCAACGAUGAUGUCUUCGAUUAUGAGGAUGACGAUGCUGAUGACUUCAGCUCGGCGGCGGAGCGCCAGGUGGACGACUAUAUCAGCUCCGAUUAUGCGGACGCGGGCGGCAACGGACUCACGUGCAUCGUGGUGAACAGAGGUCGCGCCGUUCUGCGGCAUAGACGCAGCGCAGGCUACGCGGAAAACAGCAGGACGCCGGUAUAA